CUCGAAUGGACCGGUAAUGUUCUCAGCCACCCCACUGCCGUGAAUAAGCGACCACUAUCCAGAACAUGGUUAAGCUGCAAGAUCGACUGACGCGUCCAGUUCAGUUUGUCUUGGCACAAGCUUAAGAGCCACCUUGACCCCGUUGAACAAGUAGGACUCAGUAUCCAUAUAAGCCAGAAGGAGCACGAUAUGUCAACACAGAAAUCUUCCGACAUUGUCAUUAUUGGAGCGGGCAUUUUCGGCUCUGCCCUGGCCUAUUUCCUCUCUUCUUCUAGUGAUGAAAAAAAGAUAACGGUCGCUGAACGAUCCAUUUCCCGCCUCACCGGCUCAACAGGCUAUGCACCGGGUUUCGUGGGCCAAUUCAACGAGUCUGAAGUCCUGACCCGGCUUGCUGUCGACAGUGUGAGGGAGUACUCUAAGGUCCCUGGGGGGUUCGACCAUGUCGGCGGACUCGAAGUCGCGACAAGCAGUGCCGCAGUCGAGAAUCUCAAAUGGAGACAGGAAACUGCCAGGGCAAGAGGACUGCAAGCAGAGUUGAUUUCUAUCCAAAGGGCAGCGGAGAUUGCACCCGAUCUCGUGAAGGAGGAGUAUGUUUCGGCACUACAUUUUCCAGCAGAUGGGACUGCCAAUCCGGCGACCGUUACUGCAUUCUUUCAGUCCGAAGCUCAGAAUACAGGCGUUCAGUUCCUGGAAGCCGAUGUCUCGGAGAUUCGACGGGAUGGAGACAAAGUGACCGGAGUUAUGACUUCAAAGGGAUUCAUCCACGCGCCGAGAGUUGUCCUGGCUACUGGUAUCUGGGCCAAGUCCUUAUGUGACUUUGAUAUCCCCAUUCCAGUUAUCCCAGUCGCGCACCCCUAUAUGUAUGGUGAAGUGCGUGAGCCGAAGGUGUACACAUCUCCUUUUGUCAGAUACCCAGAGCAUCAUGUUUAUGUUCGAGAUCACGGUACCUAUUUCGGACUCGGCUCAUACGACCAUAAGCCUCUCGCUGCGAAGCCAGGAGGCACCGCUAUCGGAAACUGGGUUGACGAGUUUGAUACGGCAUUGGAUCGUGCGGUGAAGUUGGUACCUGAGAAGACCAAUCUGAGGGUUAGGGAAAAGUUCAAUGGAAUAUUCUCUAUGACACCGGACAAUAUGCCAUUGAUUGGGGAGGUUCCGGACGUGAAGGGGCUGUACUUGGCGGCGGGGGUUUGGGUUACACAUGCUGGUGGGUCAGCAAAGUUCUUGACGAGCUUGCUUAAGGGAGAGGAAGUGGAUGUGGCACUGAAGAAGGCGCUGGAUCCGACGAGGUUCAGGGGAAGAGAUAUGGAGAGUCUGGAGCGGGAGUCGCUGAAUUGCUAUAACAGCAUAUACUCCACGUACGAGAAUUCCUAGAUCACUAGAACCAUAAGCGCCCCGUGAAUCAUAUUUGCUUGCUAUGGAAUACAUCCCAUGCGACGGGUUGGAGCGUCGUAAAAAGCCAUCGUAUACUAGCCCUUAAUCUAAUACCUAAUAAGCC